UCAAAUCAAGUCGUAUCGACCAGGCAGUAGCCGUAAUUCAAAGAGGGGAGUUUACUUAUUAUUCUAAUAUAGCUAGGGAGUUCAAGUGUGACCGUAGCGCUGUCUCUAGACGAAUCCGUGGCCUUACGAAGUUAAAGAAGGAAGCGAAUUCAUUCUGGUACUAAUGCCUUACUAUUGAGUAAGAGGAGGUGCUUAUUCAUCGAAUUAAUACUCUUAUUGAUCGAGGAAUACUACCGACUAGUCAUAUUGUCAGAAACCUUAUAGAGGAGAUUAGGGGGGGGCUGCUUGGAAAGAACUGGGUUAGCUAGUUCGUGAAGCGUUAUUCGAUUAGGCUAAAGAGUCUUUAUUUACGGAAUAUCGAUAAUCUACGUGCUAGCUCUGAGUACGCUCCUAUGUUCCAAUUAUUUUUUAGUAUGCUCGCUUUAGUGAUUACUAAAUAUCGAAUUACGCCCGAAAACAUAUAUAACUUCGACGAGAAGGGGUUCUUAAUGGGAUUUGGGCGUUCUUUGAAGAGAAUUAUGACUAGAGCUGCUCUGGAAUUAGGUCGAAUUACUAAGGUAAAGUAGGAUGGAAAUCGCGAGUUUAUUAGUCUCUUAGCUUGUAUAUCUGCGAUCGGGAAAUGGAUACUACCGCUUUUAGUAUAUAAGGGCGAGUCAGGAGACCUUAUAAGUACGUGGGUUAAUGAAGUUACGACUGAUUCAAAGGCUCAUUUUACGGUUUCGCCGAAUGGAUGGUUAAAUAAUACGAUUGGGUUAUCUUGGCUUUAGAAUGUCUUUGAACGAUAUACUAAACUAUUACGUACGACUCAAAAACGUCUUCUUAUUGUUAAUGGGUACUUAAGUCACGUAAAUAUGGCGUUUAUUGAU